CUCAAUCGUAUUUUAAAGCAGGCGGCUAGUCAAUCAAGCACGUGCAGCCGGUUCGAAUACAAAUAAAUUUUUAUUCUUAUUUUGUGGCAGCGCAUGCAAUGGCUGAGAUAUCAGCAUACCAGGUCUAUAAGGCCAAGAAACCUUCAUCAGCCAAGAAGCAGCAGCAAAAGAAUGCAGCACUGUCGCCAAAAAAUGCACCAAAGCACACCGCAAAGCAUAAUGGUGAAAUCGAGGAUAACGGUGCCAAACAAAAUGGCGUCGCCAAAAGCACAAAAGCAGUGCAGAAAACGCCGGUGGCCAGUCCCAAAAAAGUGCUGAAGCCAAACGGAUCAGCGAAAAGAGCAGCAAAUUCAAAUUUGAAUGAAUCCCAACGAAAGAAAAAGCAAAUGUCCAGCUACAGUGAUGAGUCGGAUGACAACGCUUCUGAUGAUUAUAGCGGCGGUGGAUAUGAUGACGAAGGCAGCGAGGGUGAUAGCAAUGAUUGUGGCGACAGUGAGAUCAGUGAUGUCGAUAGCAACGACUGUGGCGACAGUGACUGUGCCGAUAGCUGCGCCAAUUGCGACGGUUGUGCAGAUGAGAUAUCGAUGACGGGAGAUUCGGAUGAAGAGGACUUCGAUGAUGGGGACUCUGAUGAAGGAGACCCCAAUGAAGGAGACCCCGAUGAUGGCGCCUCCGAUGAAGAAGACUUUGAUGAUGGCGCCUCCGAUGAAGAAGACUUUGAUGAUGGCAACUCCGAUGAUGGCGAGGAAUACGAGGAAAUGCACGACGAGGAUCAGUUCAGCGAGGAGUACACAAUCAACGAUGACGACGACGAAGUCGAGUCACCAGUUGUUGCACCGCCAAAAGCCGGACGUCGCUCCCAGGACGCCAACAAUAAUGUGGAGAAACCCGCGCUGACUUCGUUCGAGAAGCUGGCAAUGUCGGCACUGAAAGCUGUGGUCAAAUCGAGUCCAUUGCCAGGCACAAGCACAGUGAAGUCAUGUCCAUUGCCCAAGAAAACCGAGGGCGCCAAGUCGUGCCCCUUGCCCCCGAAAGCCAAGUCCGAAGAGAAGAAGGAAACAAAGCAACAGACGAAGAAGGAUGCAAAGGAACAGGCGAAGAAGGAUGCAAAGGAACAGGCGAAGAAGGAAACAAAGGCACAGGCCAAGAAGGAUGCAAAGGAACAGGCGAAGAAGGACGCAAUGGAACAGACUAAGAAGGAAACCAAGCAGCAACCAAAGCAGGAGCCGAAGAAGAGCACUAAACAGGAAGCGAAACAACCUCCGGCCACCAAGUCCAAGGAGACGCUCCUCGGACGUCGCCAGCAUGAAGAGGGAGAAGCCACCAAAGCAACUGAAACUGGAAACUCGCAACCCAAGCAGCGUCGCGUUGGAAACCUGGAUAAACCCGCCUGUGACGAGGUGCAUUUGCAGGACAGCGUGGAGGAAGGCAAACGUGCGCUCAGCUGGCUGAUGAAUCCCAUCGAGCCGCAGACGUUCUUCCAAAAGUAUUGGGAACAGAAUGCGUGUCAGGUGGUGCGACGCAAGGCCAACUACUUCUCGCAUUUGAUGUCCUUUCCCAUGAUCGAGGAGAUGCUGCUGAAGAAUCAUCUCGAGUUCACCACAAACAUCGAUAUCACCAGCUAUGAGAAUGGCAAACGCGAGACCCACAAUCCCGAUGGACGCGCCAUGCCGCCCACCGUUUGGGGCUAUUACUCGAACGGUUGUAGUGUCCGCAUUUUGAAUCCCAGCACUUAUCUGGUGAAGUUGCGUGCGCUGUGCACCCGGCUCCAGGAGUUCUUCCAUUGUCUGGUCGGUGCGAAUGCGUAUUUGACGCCACCGAACAGUCAGGGAUUUGCACCGCAUUACGAUGACAUCGAAGCGUUCGUCCUGCAGGUGGAGGGACGCAAACGUUGGCGUCUCUACAUGCCACCGUCUCCCAGCGAUAUCUUGGCACGCGUCUCCUCUGGCAAUUACAGCCAAAAGGACUUGGGACCACCGACACUCGAUGUGGUCCUCGAACCCGGUGAUAUUCUCUACUUCCCCCGGGGCACCGUUCAUCAGGCGGUGACCGAGGAGCAACAACAUUCGCUCCACAUCACGCUGAGCGUCUAUCAGCAGCAAUCGUAUGCCAAUCUGAUCGAGAAAUUGAUGCCGUCUGUCAUGGAGCGUGCCAUACGUCAGCAUUUGAAUUUGCGUCGCGGUCUCCCGCUCGAAACUUGGCGUCACUUGGGACUUGCCGCUGGCGGUGAAAAGUCCGAGGAGCGUGACAAAUUGAUCGGUGGCAUCACGAAGCUGGUGCAAACUUAUUUGCUGCCCAGUGCCGCACAAAUCGAUGCGGCUGUCGAUCAGUUGGCCAAGCGAUUUCAACACGAGGCUUUGCCCCCAAUCGUCCAGGACGAGGAGAAGGCACGCACCGUCUUUGGUUCGGUCAGCGAGACCGAUAAACAGGGCAAUUGUCUGCCGGAUUAUAAUCUAACUGGGAGCACCAAGGUGCGUCUGUUGCGUGCCAACAUUUUGCGUCUGAUUGCCGAGGGAUCGGCCAUCCGUAUCUAUUACUAUCUGGAUAAUGCGCUCGAGUAUUGCAAGUUCGAUGCCAACUAUAUGGAAAUCCAGCCCGAUGAGGCGCCGGCUGUGGAGGCUCUGAUCAAGGCGUAUCCGAAGUAUACGUCGGUCAAGAAGCUGCCGCUGCGCAGUCAGGAUCGUCGCAUUGAGGUGGCCACCGCACUCUGGGAGCGUGGACUGCUCAUGACCAAGAAGCCCUUCAAGUAAAAAUCUUCAAAGAAUAGGACUAGAAAAAAGCAACACAAAGAACACUAGAAGUGACCAUGGGAAGUAAGGAAAUAGGUGUACAGGAAAAGACUGCAGAAAAGGGAAGGGAAAGAUUCACUAGUUAGAGAUGCAAACGCAAUGAAACGGGUAGAAAUAAAACAGGAAAAGAGUGAGGAAAAGGAAAGAAACAACAGAAUCGAACGCAACGAGACAGAUAGCAAUAUAACAUGAAAUGAGCGCAGAAAAGGGAAGGGAAAGAUUCACAAGUCAGGGAAUAGAACAGGAAAAGACUGCAGAAAAGGGAAGGGAAAGAUUCACCAGUUAGAGAUGCAAACGCAAUGUAACGGGUAGAAAUUAAACAGGAAAAGAUUGAAGAAAAGGAAAGAAACAACAGAAUCGAACGCAACGAAACAGAUAGCAAUAGAACAUGAAAUGAGCGCAGAAAAGGGAAGG